AGUGAGAGAGCAAACUUUCGCUUCCCCCGUGAAACUUUUUAUUUAUACCUGCGAGCCAACUGUGCUUCGGAAACGGGAACCAACAAACAACUGAGACUAGAAGUAUCAGAGAGGGGGGAGGUGUCCGCAUGUCUCUGUCUGACAGGUGGAUACUUUGUUCAUUCUGCAAGAGAGUCCUGAGACCGACGUGAUGGAGGCAACUGAGGAAGAACAGCUUGUGGAGGAUGGUGAUCAGGUUGUAGCGCCUCCCAAUGGUGGCGUGAACGAACUGCUGGAUGUGGGGCAAGAGGGAGAUAUGGAGGAGUUUCUGGGCCCACAGGCACAGUACAAUGAGGAGGAGGAAGAAAGGAAGUACUACAGAAGAAAGAGGCUGGGAGUCAUCAAGAAUGUUGUUGCCAGCAGCUUUGGAGCCAUGAUUGUGUACAGUGUUUAUAUGGGCCUUUUACAGAUGCAGCUGACUCUUCAUUACGACAUGACCUACCGUGAGGUGAAAUACAGCAACCUUGGUCUUGUGGACAUCGACCGGAAGAUGCUGAUGGGCAUCAACGUGACCCCGAUUAUCGGCCUCCUUUACACCCCCGUACUCAUCAGGUUUCUUGGCACUAAGUGGAUGAUGUUUCUGGCCUCAGGAAUCUAUGCACUAUUUGUCUCAACCAAUUACUGGGAGCGGUACUACACAUUAGUUCCUUCAGCUGUAGUCAUUGGUGUGGCCAUUGUGCCUUUUUGGGCUUCGCUAGGAAGUUAUAUAACAAGGAUGGCCCAGCAGUACUAUGAAUACGCCAACUACAAGGAGGAGCAUGUUCAGGAGCAGAGGAAGCUUCCAAAGGGGGCCUGCUACAGCUACAUCAUCACCUUCCAGUCCAUUUUCUAUGUCAUCUUCAAUCUGAGCUUCGUCUUCGCCGAGUUCCCCAUGCGUAUCGUCCUCCACGAUCACCUGCAUGAGAACUACCACGUUCUCUGCAACGUGAAAACAUGUGGUGCUGCAAUCAAAGGCAUCAUCCCGGGCUUCAACAGCACUGUUCUGAAAAACCUGCCCCGCUCCAUGCUGCUCAUCGAAGUGGAGAGCAUCCUGAUGGGUUUCGCCUUCCUCGCCAUGAUUACUUUUCUGCUGCUGUGUGGCCCCGCCUACCGGCCGACAGAGGAGAUUGACCUUCGCAGCAUCGGCUGGGGGAACAUCUUCCAGCUGCCCUUCAAACACCUGCGGGAUUACCGCCUGCGGCUGCUCUGCCCCUUCUUCAUCUACAGCGGACUGGAAAUGCUGUUUAUCAUCAGCGGGUUCUCACUGUCUUAUGGCGUCUGCAUUCUGGGCAUAAAAACCCUCUGGCUCCUCAUCCUGGUCUACGGCCUCUCCUGCUCCGUGUUCUCCCUCCUCUCUCUCAGCCUCCUGCGCCUCCCACGAUGGGUGUGUCUAAUGGGGGGCGCUGCGGUGCAUGGAGUCCUGCUGGUGGUUCUCCUCGCUCUGACUGUUAAGCCCAACUCACCGGAGUAUCUGGGUCCCCUGCUGGUGAUCAUGGUGCUGUGGGGACUCGGCAGCGCCCUGAACAAGACAGGGGUCAGCACCGUUGUCGGCCUUCUGUACGCUGAGGAGAAAGAGCGCCUGGAUUUCGUCUACACCAUCUACCACUGGUGGCAGGCCAUCGCCAUCUUUGUCGUCUACCUCUGGUCCCAGAUGCCCAUGAGGGCUAAACUGUCCAUCCUUCUGGCUACUUUGUUACUGGCGUGCUACUGUUAUUGGGUGAUGGAGCGCCGUGUGGCACAGAAAGUGAAGCCCAGAAUGCCUCGCAUCCCUCGGCCAAGACACAAGGUGAAAGGCUACCGUUACCUGGAAGAGGACAACUCUGAUGAGUCAGAUUCAGAGGGAAGCGAGGAGGAUGACGAUGAAGACGAGGAAGAGAGGACGGAGGAGGAUGAGCGCGUUGUGGAGGAGAUGGUGGCAGGGGACAGGGAGGAAGAAGGCCGGGACGCCAGAGCCGAGGGCGCUGACUCGCCCAGAGCCUGGAGAAGAGGGGCUGAGGGUCAGGGGGCCCACGUGGAGGACGACGGGAGGGAGAUAUGACAAAAUGAAAGAAUGAGGAACAUGUGGAAGCGCUAUUGACUAUAAUGUUAACUGGCAUCCUUUAUAUAGUUAAAGCACAAAGGGAAGAAGGCCUUGAGCGAAACUUUCUGCAUCAUGGUCACAUCUUGGUAGAAUUGUCUGUGGAUUGUCCUAAGAGCUGGUUAGUGCGGCCAGCUUUUCCUUUUUCAGAUCAUUGCAGUGGCAUACACCUCGGCAUUUUACACAUUUACAGACUUUGAUGUAUUUCUCUGGUGUGUUAUGUGACAGACCAACACUUUUACUUCACAUUGUUGCCCCACAUUUAUCUCCAUCUGUCAUCCCACAACCUCUGCUCAGUUUUACUGCCCCUUCUGAAAAAAAACCCCAUCCCCACAGCAUGAUGCUUCCACCAUCAUGCUUCACCAUGGUGAUUAUUUGUACAAAGUGGUAGUUUUCACAAUUAUAUGCUACUUUGUGUUGGUCUAUCACAUCAAAUCCUAAGGAAAUACAUUAAAGGUUCUGGUUUGAUGAAGUCUGGACAAUUUUACUGCUAAUAAGCACCUUAACAAGGAACUACAGUUCUUGUUUUGUAAUUUUUUAAACAUAAAAAUGUACAUAAGUUUAUGGGCAAACAGAUUUUUUCCCCUCAUGUCUUAAAAUGUUAUAUUUCUACAUGUGUAGAAAUAUUUUGCAGUAUAUUAAGGGCUGUACUUUCCAAUGCCUUAUCACACUUUGAAUCUAGUUUCACAUCUCUUCUGUUUCUUAACCUCAUGUAUGUUAGAAGAUGCGUAAAAUUCAUACACAGUUUUAUGCAUGUUUUUUUUUUAUAAAGCUAAGCAGCAGCCUAGAGGAGGCCAUGACAGUCUUUAAGGGUGAUAAAGCCUUAAAGAUAAAAAAAAAAAUACACACAAAUGAUGGUUUUUCAGAUAUCAGUGUUUUAUAAAAUUUCGUUGAAAGGAAAGUUUUAAAAACAUUUUUAUCUUAAAUGUAUGUUUUUUAAUGUGAUUUUGAUGUUUUUGGAUGAGACUCUAUAUUUCUUGUAAACAUGUUCUGUCUACAGUGGGUAGAACGGGGAAACAAUUUCGAGCACAAUGCUUUCAGUUUUCUAUCCGCUCAAUUUGCGCUUCAUGUUUACCAGAUCUGUCGAUGAGCAGGAUCUUUUGUUGAAUCUGUAGAGUACUUGGCUGUAAAAGAAAUAUCUGAAAGAGACAGAUUUUGAAAAAAAAAAAUUAAUUAGCAAUUGAUUUUAUCAUUUGAAUAGCAACAUAAAAACUUUGUAUUAAUAUCAAUUGUAAGACAGCCUGCUUUAUUCUGUUGAAUGUGAAUAAGGCUUUUUUGUGGUUUUAACUUCUGUCUUGCUUUAAGACUAGGAUGACAGGGUGGCUGUAAAUCUGCUUUUCUGAAGGAUAACAGAGAAGAAUAUGAAUGUGUGCUUAGAUUUAAUACAGUUCAGUAUUUUGCAGUUCCAAAGGCGACCCAAGACCGAUGGCUGUUUAGUUAGCAGUGUCUGUGCAGCUUUUAUUGCCAUUGGAAAAUUCAUAAAAUCUUCAAAAAUA